AUGUUUACUUUGAAAAUUUGUAAUUCAUACUCUUCAAUGUUACCUGUUUUGCCAGAUACUGAUAGUAUGAAGCCACUGGACGGUGUGAGAAUUCUGGAUCUAACAAGAGUUCUGGCUGGACCUUUCACCACGAUGAAUUUAGGCGACCUUGGAGCAGAAGUCAUAAAGGUGGAAAGACCAGGAGCUGGUGAUGACACACGGACUUGGGGACCUCCUUUUGUGAAUACAGAAAGUACCUAUUUUCUUAGUGUUAAUCGAAAUAAAAAAAGUAUAGCUGUUAAUAUCAAGGAUCCAAGAGGCGCGCGAAUCGUUAAAGAGCUUGCAGCCAUCUGUGACGUGUUUGUGGAAAACUAUGUCCCUGGCAAACUUUCUGAGAUGGGCCUAGGGUAUGAAGAUAUAGACAAGAUUGCUCCUCGUAUUGUCUACUGUUCCAUCACAGGAUAUGGCCAGACGGGGCCCAUGUCUCAGAGGGCAGGCUAUGAUGCUAUUGCCUCUGCUAUGUCGGGCCUGAUGCACAUUACAGGGCCCGAGGAUGGAGAGCCUGUUCGCCCAGGAGUGGCCAUGACUGACCUUGCCACUGGCCUGUUUGCCUAUGGAGCCAUUAUGGCUGGCCUCAUACAAAGUUACAGAACUGGAAAAGGGCUGUUCAUUGAUUGUAAUCUACUGUCAUCUCAGGUGGCAUGUUUGACCCAAGUAGGUGCUAAUUAUCUUAUUGGCCAAAAGGAAGCAAAACGCUGGGGCACAGCUCAUGGCAGCAUUGUUCCUUAUCAGGCUUUUAAAACCAAGGACGGCUAUCUUGUCAUUGGAGCAGGAAAUAACCAACAGUUUGCUGUUGUCUGCAAGGUCUUGAAUUUGCCAGAGUUGAUUGAUGAUCCCAAGUAUAAAACGAACCAUCUUCGGGUGCAGAAUAGAAAAGAGCUUGUUAAAAUCCUAUCUGCACGGUUUGCAGAAGAAGUAACUGCCAAGUGGCUUUGUCUCUUUGAAGGAAGUGGGAUCCCAUAUGGUCCAAUCAACAGUAUAAAGGAUGUGUUCUCCGAAGCCCAGGUAUUGCACAAUGGCCUCGUUAUGGAGAUGGAUCACCCCACUGCAGGGAAGAUUUCAGUCCCAGGUCCAGCUGUGAGAUACAACAAGUUCAAGAUGUCAGAGGCCAAGCCACCUCCCCUGCUGGGACAGCACACCAAGCACAUUCUGAAAGAGGUCCUCGGAUAUGAUGACAGGGCUAUUGGGGACUUACUCUGCUCUGGUGUGAUAGCACAACAUGAAACCAAGUGACAGAGGAGACCGCAUCAGAAAACUGCCCCUGGCUGGCCCAGACUAUGCUCUGUGCAUGCCUGUCCCUAGUCUUGAUCCCACUGAAAGGCUGAGUAGGAACCGCAGAUUUCCUGCCUGGAAUCUCUGGGGUAACUUUAGAAUUAAAGUCUAGUGCCCAUUGAAAACCUUACUAUUCUUUUGACCUUUUGCUCCCCAGAAAAUAAUUUGUUAU